UUCAGUAAGAAAUCCAACUUAGGAUGACCGUGGUGAAUGACUGGAUGGCAGGCACAAGCUUUGGAGGGUGGGUCCAACGAUGCAGAGAAUCUCGACGCCUUGUGUUGGUCAUAGUGGCCAUUGCAUUGCUGUUAGACAACAUGCUGCUCACCACUGUUGUACCUAUCAUCCCCGAGUUCUUGUACGACAUCAACCAUCCGGAUGCGCCGCUAGAUGGACAUCCGAGGGUGUCCAAGACGACAACCACGCCGGCCCCUACAGUGCCCCUAUGUCCUUGCGAGAGGGGGGCGGACAGAGUGUUCCUGAAUCCGAAUGACUCUACCACUAUAUCGCCCAUCACUGAUAUAGAUUUGAACAUAACAACGCUAAGUCCAGAAAAGUUGAGGCACAAGGAUCUGGUUCAGGAGACUGUCCAAGUGGGGAUGAUGUUUGCAUCGAAAGCGUUCGUCCAGCUGCUUGCCAAUCCUUUUGUCGGUCCACUAACACACAGAAUUGGUUACAGCAUUCCCAUGUUUGCAGGCUUCCUGAUAAUGUUCUUGUCCACAAUAAUUUUUGCAUUUGGUCGAAGCUACAGCGUCUUGUUCAUAGCACGAGCUCUUCAAGGAAUAGGCUCUUCUUGCAGCAGUGUCUCAGGCAUGGGGAUGUUAGCAGAACGCUAUCCAGAUGACAAAGAACGAGGAAACGCCAUGGGCAUCGCAUUGGGGGGGCUAGCUUUGGGGGUUCUCAUAGGACCUCCUUUUGGAGGGGUCAUGUACGAGUUCGUCGGCAAAUCGGCGCCAUUUUUGAUUCUCAGCGCCUUGGCGUUGGGAGAUGGAGUAUUGCAACUAUUGAUGCUCCAGCCUUCUGUCAUCAGACAGGACUCAGAUCCUCCAUCUUUACGAUCUUUGGUGUCUGAUCCUUACAUCAUCAUCGCAGCAGGAGCAAUAACGUUUGCCAACAUGGGCAUAGCGAUGCUGGAACCUUCCCUACCAAUUUGGAUGAUGGACACCAUGGGCGCUGAUCGAUGGGAACAGGGUGUAACUUUCCUACCUGCUAGCAUCUGCUAUUUGAUCGGGACGAAUUUGUUUGGACCACUGGGACACCGUAUGGGACGAUGGCUAGCAGCUCUUCUGGGACUGAUCAUCAUUGGGGUCUGCUUGAUGUUGAUUCCGUUAGCGACCAACAUGUAUCAUCUGAUAAUACCGAACGCGGGCUUAGGAUUCGCGAUCGGAAUGGUGGAUAGCUCUAUGAUGCCAGAACUUGGAUAUUUGGUGGAUAUUCGGCAUUCUGCAGUGUAUGGGAGCGUGUACGCCAUUGGAGAUGUGGCGUUUUGUUUAGGAUUUGCUAUAGGCCCUGCGAUGAGCGGGACCCUAGUGAACAACAUAGGAUUCGAAUGGAUGCUCUUUGGUAUUGCGAUUUUGAACUUCUUGUAUGCUCCCUUGUUGUAUUCUCUAAAAAGUCCACCGACUAAGGAAGAAAAAAAGUCUUUGAUCGUUGGUGAAAAAUCAUCAGUGCGAUACGUCACCUAUCAAAACGAGGAGGAAGACGAGUAAAAUAUAAAUUUUGGAGUAUAUAGGCGCGCACAAUUUGUAACGUUACGUAUGACGGACCUAUUCUCUCUUGACCAGUGAAAUUUGAAAAAUAUUAUCGAUUAUGUCCACAUGAUGAGAGCGUAAUUUAAAAAAAGUCGAAAUUUUCUCCGAAGAAUCCCCGUCAAGGGUUUGGUGAAUGGCUGCGCUGAAUCCGGUCCUUGAAAAGAAAAAGGAGCGGGGCAAUAAGAUAUUCUUCACCUUUAGGCCAUUGUUAAGAAAAUUGUAUUCGUGAAACGCUCUGAUCUCUACACAGAAAGCCCUUCUAUGAUUGCCAAGCAACAUAUACUAGUAUAUUCGUCAAUGUUACCAAGUAGGUUAUGAACUUAUAGAAUUGCUGAGCCAAUCAAAACGAGUCUCAUUCUGGUGGUUAUAAGGGACCUUGAUGUUGUUUGCAAGCUUUAAAUGUCAUAUAUAACUACACGUUUGUUUUGUCAUUUGAUAUCCGAAAAUCUCUAAUUUUUGUGAGGUUAUUGUGAACAGACAAUAAUCUGUAUCUAAUCUUGAAUCAAACAAAUGGAAAUAUCGCAUUUUAUCAAAAACGGCUGGUAAGGGUCCGAACAACAAAAAAGACAGUCGAUCUGUCAACUGUCAAAUAUAUAAUCCGCUAAGUAACUGGGCCGAUAUGGGUACCUGGUUUAGAACCGAAUGUAGAAUAUAAUAUAUUAUGCAUGUUAGGAUGUUAGUUAUUAUAUGAACAUAUAGAAGUUUAUCGCAUCACGUAUCUACUAUAUAAAACUGAGCUAUAAGUGAUGUUUAUUAAUGUUUGAUGUUGGUGUAUCAUUUGUGGUGCAAUAGGAUAUAAUAAAUAUAUACCAAAACCAAAAA